AUGAAUGACUCGGGACACAAGCUCAAAGAUCUUGGGACCGGCUGCGCUUCGGAUUGGAAGAUCUUGCUGAUAUCAGAUCUCGCUUGGAUUGAAAAGAAGCUGAAUAAAUUCAUCUGCGAAGUACGCGCCGGGUACCGAGAAGGAUAUGUUGUUACUACCCCGGACGUCGUCGAGACGAUAGACUCGCCCGAUGUAUGGGCCCAACUACGCCGUGAACUAGAAGACAUCGACAUCUCGCCGACCAUCACGGAAGAACAUCACGACUGUAUAUCAAAUUGGAUGAACUGGUCAGCACUUAGUAUGUGUCCAUAUGGAGGACAUCUUGCCAUAGCCCGGCUCCUCCUCGAGCAUAGUGCUGACUUGUAUAAUGUCGAUGUCGACGGUGACACACCCAUGCAGAUAGCUACAACACGCGGCCACUCGGAAGUGGUCAUUUUGUUUGAUGAAGCACAGGCCGAGAGAGAUCGCCUUGCACGGGAGCUUGAUGAUGAACCAACAGCAAAAUGA